AAUUUAGAUAACUGGUACAUUGGUAAUUUAUUAGCAAUAAUGCAUAGCUUAUCUAUAGAGAUUAUUUCUUUUCUUCAGUCUGUUAAAAGUAUUGUUUAGUACUAUUUGAAAUUAGUUUUCGUAAUGAAAAUUGGCCACAGGAUAUUAAUGUAUUUUAUUCUUUUUUUAACUUAAUGUUUCAAGAUGGGGGUUCAUAUAGUUUUGCCAAUUUUCAUUACCGCCAGCUGCAUGUCGUUAAUUUGUGAUGGGAGCAAGCCAAACAUUGUUUUUAUACUAGCUGACGAUUUGGGAUGGAACGACGUCAGCUUUCACGGCUCCGAUCAAAUUUUGACGCCAAACAUUGAUUCGUUGGCAUAUUCGGGAGUGGCACUGGGGAGGUACUACAGCCACGCUAUAUGUACUCCUUCGAGAGCAGCACUUUUGACUGGAAAAUAUUCAUAUAAGACAGGAAUGCAAGGUAAUCCUCUGUUCAUGGGUGAAGAUCGGGGUAUUCCAAAAAAUGUGAAAUUAUUGCCACAGUAUUUUAAAGACGUCGGUUAUUCAACUCAUUUGAUUGGCAAAUGGCAUGUUGGCAGUUCCCGUCCAGAAUAUUUACCAACUAGCAGAGGAUUUGAUACAUAUUUCGGCCAUAGAGGUGGAUACAUAGAUUAUUAUGAGUAUACCGUAGUCGAGAAUUGGGAGGACGGUCAACAGUCAGGAUUAGGACUGUUUAAAAAUGGAACUGCUGCUUGGGACGUCGAAGGCUACAUCACCGAUGUUUACACAGACGAAGCUAUUAAAGUUAUUGAACAUCACGAUUCAUCAACUCCUCUAUUCUUAAUGGUUAAUCACAAUGCUCCUCACGCCGGAAGCCUUACCGUUGCCCUGCAGGCCCCACCAGAAGUGGUCAGAGAAAUGAGAUACGUCGAGUCUCCUGACAGAAGAAUAUUUGCUGCCAUUAUAAAGAAACUCGAUGAUAGUGUUGGUGAUAUUGUUAAAGCUUUAAAAGACAAGAGAAUUUUAGAAAACACGAUUAUUGUAUUCGCUGCUGACAACGGAGGUAUGACGACAGGGCAGUAUACCAAUUUUGCUUCUAACUUUCCGUUGAGAGGAAUUAAAAUGUCGCCUUACGAAGGUGGCGUUAGAGUAGUCGGGUUACUGUGGAGCGCAAACUUGAACAGCACGAGUCAUUAUUGGGAUGGAUACAUGCACAUCACGGAUUGGUUGCCUACAUUGUUGAGUGCUGCUGGCGUAGAACCGCCAAAAGACGUCGAUGGUGUUAAUCAAUGGGAAAGUAUCAACACUAAUUCAGCAUCGCAAAGGAAGGAAUUUUUCGAAAUCGAUGAUUACACAGGAUAUGCAUCGGUAACUUACGGAGACUAUAAGAUGAUAAUUGGUGAACCUAUUCAAAGUUACAGUGGUUAUUUGGGCGGCGAUCUCAGAGGCAUUAUUGGCAGUCCGCCGUCGUACGUUGAUGCUAUAGAGGAUAGCACAGUGUUUGGAGUCCUUCACUCAAUCGGUCGAACAGUCGAUACGAACGACUUUAGUUUGAGAAAUAGGACUGUCAUUAAAUGCGAUGUUCCUUCAAAUUCUAUAUGUUAUCCUAGUAACAAUACAGUGUGCCUCUUUAAUAUAAUAGAGGAUCCAUGUGAAACGACAGAUUUGUCUGCUACUCAUCCAGAUUUGGUUGCAAGCAUGCUAGCUUUAUUAGACGUUGAGAUGUCAAAACGGAUUCCUAGAGUUUUGCCGGUUGUUAUUGACCCUUUGUCAGCACCUAGGCUUCAUAAUUUUACAUGGGAUACUUGGAUUAAGUGAGAUUGUAUUACCUGGAUACAUUUAGUACCUGAGUACACCUAGACUGCCACUAUUAUCAUCUAAAAUAGUGCUCCAUCCACCUAAAGGUCGCCUAGAUAUCGCUUUUAACAAAAAUACCGCCUUUCUGGCCUAUAUCGUUUAUUACUUAUUUCUUACACCUUUGUUACAAAUUGCUUUAAUGUGUACAAUGAAGAUUUUAUUUGUAUUGUAAUCGUUAUUUAUUAAUUAUAUUAAAGUUAAUUUUUGCUUUAAAUUUCUGUACUUGUUCAGUUAGUUUUUUUAAAACUUGUUGUUUAAAAUGUAUUAUUUAUAUUUGUUAACAAAUCAAUAAAAUUUAUAUGCUACUAGAAU